GUUAUCGUUCAUAGCAUUUGUUAUCAUUCAUCAGUGUCCAUUGUCAAGCCUCUGUUAAUACUUAUUAGUUAAUAGUGUUAAUAUUAUACUAGUUCUUAUAAUUACCUACUUUAAAUUUUUAAUUACAACAUUGUUGUUAGUGAAGUUAAAAAUGGGUAAGGGUCGUGCAGAACCAGGCACCCCCAAAUACAUAGCAAAUAAGAUCAAAUCAAAGGGAUUACAGAAGUUGAGAUGGUUUUGCCAAAUGUGCAACAAACAGUGUCGUGAUGAAAAUGGCUUCAAAUGUCACACAAUGUCCGAAUCACAUCAACGACAACUACUAUUAUUUGCUGACAAUGCUGGGCGGUAUCUAAGUGAAUUUAGUUAUGAAUUUUCCAAAGGAUUUCUGUUUCUGUUAAAAAGACAAUUUGGUACUAAAAGAGUGAAAGCAAACAAAGUUUACCAAGAAUAUAUUUCUGAUCGCAAUCAUCUACACAUGAAUGCCACUCAAUGGACAACAUUAACUGGAUUUGUUAAAUGGCUUGGGAAAACAGGUACUUGAAUAUAGAUAUAUAAUAAUAAUUGGUGAUAUCUAUCCAACCCAAAAGGUUAUAUCCACAAUCAAUGUGUUAUAAAUUACAUAAUUUUAACUUAUAAUUUAUACGUAUAUAUAGGUAUACAUAUAAUAAGCAACUAUUAACUAUUAACUAUUAUUAAUUUUAAUUUACAUAAUAUAGGUACAUAUAUAUAUUUUAUUUUCAGGUAAAUGUGUUGUAGAUGAUACAGAUGAAGGAUGGUAUAUUACCUAUGUAGACCGUGAUCCAGCUACAAUUGAACUAGAAGAAAAAAUGAGAAAAAAAGAAAAAGCUGAAAAGGACGAAAAGGAACGUGAAAUGGAAUUUUUGCAACGUCAAAUACGAGAUGGCAAAAAAAAAGAAUCUGCUGAGAAAACAACAGAAGAUAAUGAUAUUCUUAAAGAAUUUGUUAGGGAAGAAGAUAGUAAAUUAUCAUUAAAUUUAAAAAUGGAUAUAUUUAAAAAACCAACUGUUGCACCAAUUAAAAAUGUAUUAAGUACAGCAAGUUCAGACCGCAUGUCUAUAACAUCUAAAAGUUCUAGUCGUAGAUCUGAGAAACGAAAACUAUCAGCUCUUGAAGAAAUAAUUCAAGAGGAAACUAAAAAAAAGAAUUACAUGAGAAAAGACUACUGGCUACUAGAAAAUAUUGUAGUGAAAGUAACCACAAAAACUUUGGGUCAAGAAUAUACAGGGAAAAAAGGUAUUGUUAUUAAAGUAAUGGACAAAUAUGGUUGUAUGGUAAAAUUGUUUGAACCAAAAAUUAAAUUAAAACUAGAUCAAAAUCAUGUUGAAACAGUUAUACCAAAUAUUGGUGGUAGAGUACUGGUAGUGAAUGGUGUGCACGUAGGACAAGAAGCAGAACUAAUAAAAUUAGAUCAAGAUAAUUUUUGUGUUGAUGUCAAACUCAAAAGUGGACCUGCAACUGGUAAAAUUAUAACACAUUUAUCAUUUGAAGAUGUAUGUAAAAAGCACAUAACAGAUUCUUGAUUGUAAUUAAUAUGUAAAACAAAAAUUGAUAUUGAGUUUUAAAUGUAUUUACAUGUAAUGUAAAGUAAUGUAAUGUACAUAUACAUGUAAUGUGAUAUAAUUACAAUAAAAGACAAAUUAUAAAAAUAACAUUUAAAUUAUUACCA